ACUCUGUGGGAUGUUGAACGUGGGGAACAAGACGAACUCGCGGCAGCAGGGUCCGCGCCGAUCCACGGCGCAGUAUCGCUAUGCUCUCUCUAUGUACCAAGAGCCUCCAGUAGUCGAAGUGACGCUGGAAGAGUUUGAGUCGUACUCGAUCGAUCGUUUGCAAGUCCUCAAGACCGUCGAGAUGCACCGGGUGCGAGGAGGAAAUCCACGCGAGACCGAAACGAAGGUCGAGAAAGCAUUGAAUAUGUACCUUCCCAUGCGUACGACGGAAGAUCGCGAGAAGGACCAGCUGUCCCAUUUCAUCCUGCGCAUGGCGUUUUGCCACACGGAGGAGCUGCGCCGGUGGUUUCUCACCCACGAGAGCUACCUGUUCAAGCACCGGUUAGAUCGCGCCACCCGCGAAGACAAGAUGCAUUUCAUGCGGACAAACGGGCUGAUCUACGAACAGGUUGACGAAGAUGAGUUAAACAUCUUGGCACCCAAGCUCCGAACCGUUCGUGCGGCCAAUACUACGGACAUGAAGGAAGCAUACAAAGAUCUUGAUGUGCAUGUCAAGGUUCCAUUCACGGAGGCGAUCGACCUCAUCGGCUCGCGCAAAGUGUACCUCCAAGGCGGGGUUGCCUACGUUCCGUUUGAGCACUUGGUCUCGAUCCUCUACGCCCGCUUUCGAUCGUCGCUAUCCAAGCAACUGGCAGUGGCGUUCCGAAAAUUUGGCGGGUCCGCAGCCGCCCGCGAUGACCGUUUGAUGCCGGUGCUGAAAAACUUGGCUAAGCACCAUAUCGGGCCCGACUACUCGUCGGCGCCGGUCGCGUCAGGCAAUACGAUUACAGCAGCGAUGGUCGACGGCCUGUCCAAGACAUCGAUGCCGCUCUGCAUGAAGUCGCUACACCAGGCGCUGACCACGCAAAGCCAUCUCAAGCACGGUGGACGCAUGCAGUAUGGUCUGUUUCUCAAAGGCGUCGGGCUCCAACUCGACGACGCGCUCGAGUUUUGGCGCAAAGAGUUUUGCAAAAAGAUGAACGUCGACGAUUUCAACAAAAAGUACGCCUACAACAUCCGACACAACUACGGAAAAGAAGGCAAGCGAAAGGACUACACGCCAUCCAACUGCAUGAAGAUCAUCACGGCCGACCCGCCCAAGCAAGGCGAAUACCACGGGUGCCCAUUUCGCCACUUUGACGAGCACCAUUUGCGCGCGAGUCUUCGCGGCAUCUCGGAGAUCGACAAGGAGGCGAUUGUCCAGCUAGCAAAAGCCAAGCAGUAUCAAGUCGCAUGCAAGCGCCACUUUGAAGCGAUGCACCCGAAUGCCAACUCGGACGCAGUGGGAAACCACCCGAACGCUUUCUUCGAAGAAAGCCGCAAGGUCUUGGACAGUCAACCCAAGCCGAUGGCGGCAAGUGUCAAGGCCGAGUAGUCCUCGUUCCUCUUUAUCAAUGCCAUGACGAUUUGUUGUAC